GAAGGGCUCUCCCUUUGGGAAAUGCGGGAGGCGUGUGUGUGGCACGGUUGCUGUGGCCGGCUCGCCUGGUGCUCGCUCCCACUGAAGAGUUGGGGACCAGACCCCCGCUGCCAUCCCCGUUUCUUCUGCCUCGGCAAAACUCUUACUCCUCGCUCAGCGCUGGCACCUACGAGCCAAACUGCGGCGGGGUUUGGCUGAGACCCGUAACUGAUAGAGUGAAGACCUAACAUGGCAACCUUCCUCACAGCCCCAAAAGCCCAUUCCAUCCUGAAGCGCUUUCCACGGGCCAAUGGCUUUCUGGAAGAAUUUCGCCAGGGCACCAUUGAGCGCGAGUGUGUGGAGGAGGUCUGUAGCUAUGAGGAAGUCAAGGAGGUCUUUGAGAACAAGGAGAAGACGAUGGAGUUCUGGAAGGGUUAUGCCUACUCUGUCAAAGAUGCCUCCAACGGAACAGACCGCUCCGAUGCCAUGUACGUCGUGGUGCCCCUGCUAGGCGUGGCAUUGCUCAUUGUUAUUGGUCUCUUCAUCAUCUGGCGCUGCCAGCUACAAAAAGUCACGCACCACCGGCCCUCCUACCCCCAAAAUAGGGGCCUGGCCAGCCGAGCGGCUCGCAGCUUGCCCAGGGUGAGGGUGCACCGUGAGGCUCCUCCCAGCCAGAGCGAAGCCCACUACCAGCGGGACCCAAGCAGCCGAGGGGCUGCCGAUGGUGAGUGGGGGCAGGGGUUGCCCGGUCAGCUGGCCAGGACGCUUGUUGAGCCUGACCACGUGGCUCCCCCCCUGUCUAGACUGUGUAGUGCCACUCCUCCCCCCUCCUACGAAGAAGUGACGGGGCAGCCUGACGGCAGCAGCGCAGAGGAGCCCAACGUGUCCUACAGCGACCCACCCCCCAAAUAUGAGGAGAUUAUGGACCCACCUCAUGCUCUUGGGAAGUAGUGGCCCCAGAGCUUCUCAGCCAGAGGAUGCUGUCACAGAAAAGCCUUAUCCUCCACCCUCAUCAAGUGCUCCAUGGGUAGCCGGUACCAUUCACCCCCUUCACUCCUCCCGCUGGGCUGCUGCAGGACCAACUGAAGCGGUUCUGGUUCCAGGGAUGGGGUGGAAAGCCCAGCUGAACUGUGCCCCAUUGGCCCUUUGCAGGAAGACAGUUGAGCCGCUGCUUGGGUGGCUCCCCAGGAAGGAGGCUGAGCCCCACCGCUGCAAGGAGAGGCUGCUGCAGAGGGGCAUUUGGCACCUUGAGAUCCAUCCUUUUGGCAAGAGCUCGGUUGGGCACUGAUGGUGGAUCGGGCAGGGUGGGGGCUUUGCCACUCUCUACCCACCUGGGAUGAGGAGGGCAGAUACGGCUUUUUGGUAUGUAUCUGACCCGGGGAAAUGUCAGUCCUUCUUUUCUUUCUACCCAGCACUGCUUUGUUCAGCCAAAGGAGGGGAAGAAAGCCUACCUCUGUGCUUGCUGCCUUUGUCUGUGGAUUGAGCCUUGACACAAGGCCUCCUUCUCCAAAGAGAAGUAGCCCAGAGCCAAAGUGAAUUGUUGCAUUCACAAAGCCAACACAUUGACGAAUGCCAUUUUCUGAUACACCUGUUCCACUAGAAGGGGGCAUGUCUGUGUCUGUGCCUGUAAUUUCUGUGUGCACAUGAAGGUCAGAGGAGAAGGACUGAGCCCCUCCUCCCCCCCCUCAGAAACACAGCAAGGCAUUGUCUGGCCCUCCAAGCUUAGCCCACUGGCCCAAUCUGCAUCUCCCUCUCCCCGAGGCUGUCCAGAGGUAAAACCCUCAGAGCCACACGCUGCCAAAGGGGAUUCUAGAUGGGCAUCUGUGCAGGGAACUGCUCCUGUUGCAACAGCACUUCCUCCUCUGGCGGGAUUCGGGCCCAGCCCCCAGGUCAGCUGCACUGGAUGUUCUGCCCCAACAGUUGACUUUCCCCUUUGCCCCUUUCUUUGGACCUUUCCCCUGCUGAAUGGAAGGGGGGCAUCCUGCUCAUCCUGCCUUCAGUGCCCUAUAUCUCCCCCCACCAUGCAGCCUCCUUCCUUUCACUGGAAUUCCCUGAAGAUGUCUCCUUGCCAGAAGGAACAGCUGCUCGAUGUUUUCACUCCCCUGGACAAAGCACGCACACUCUCUCACGCACUUCUUUCUCAAUGGUGCUAAUGCAUAGUCAGGUAUUCUCUCCUUGUGACACUCUGACACUCUGUAGGCUGCUUUACUGUAUUUAUACUUUUUGUUUAAAUUGAAAAAACUUCAUUUCUCUUGGGUAGUAGAUUGUUUCUUGCACUAUCAAAACCAGCUCAUGAUCAGCCAUGAAUUGAGAUGUGGACAGUGGCAAAAGGUAAAAAAAGACAUCUAACAUUGUAAGUACAGCCACUCUCCUUCUGCCUUCACUGCCUACCUCGCAGGGAGAUUUUAUUCCUCUCUUAAGAAAAAGAGCUGCCUACCAAGCUGGUAUCAACCACCCUGAGCCCAGGGAGACUGAUGGCCAUGGCGAGUUGGCCUUAAUGAGUUGCCCCAUUCCACCCUCUCAGGGCCCAGAGAACCUGGAACAGGCAGAUGGGUCUCGGGGUUGUCAGUGGAGAGAGAUUGGCAUCUUCCAUGCUGCUAGUGAAGCCUCAGGGGACCUUUCCUGAGGCUCCGAUCUGCAUACCAGCCGAACAGCUCUCCCUUCAGCUCUCCCCAUCUGAGAAAAAGGCUGUGUCCAGAGCUGAUGGGCAAAGGGCUUUGUGGGAGUUGGUAAUGGCAUGGUUUUGCCUGCAGAAAUGGUUUGCGCCAGGGAUAGGUUUAAAGGCCACGUCUGCUUGCCAUAUUCUGCUCCAAUUGCUGCAUGUCUAGGUCUGAGUUAGCCUUCUGCGGCCUGGAACUCCAUGAGCUGGAUUGUGUGACACAUGUUGGCAGCCAAGUUUGUAUGUGUGCUGAGGUUGCACUUUUCCAGCUUUUGGUGGAAGUCAGGUUGUCACGUCCUUCCCGUGAGGUGGACAUGAAGGGAGCAAUCAGGCUGCUGGGGCUAGAUUGGUUGGUUUAUAUGCUGAGCUCUUCCUGAGGUUAGGCACCGGUGCCGAGGCAACUAAUUUUCUUUCGGGCACCUCGGCCUGGCAGAUGCUCCAGCAGAGUGGGAGGUGGGCCGGAGAGGAGCCCUUGGACGCGGCAGGCAAGGCAACCCAGGGCCCUUCUCGAGGAGGGGGGAGGGCAGCGCAGCUCCUGGGGUGGGAGGAAGCACCAGGCUCUGCAGAUGGGAACCACUGCCGGCUCCCUUUUGGGUCAACAUGCGAGAGGCGAGCCGGAGCCUCUGGGCGCCAGGUCGGCAUCGCAGGCUGGCCAGGCCAGCUGGUUCGGACUCAUCACCUUUGGCCGAGUGCACAAACACUCCGCGGGCCGCAGUAGGGGGUGGGUCAUGCCGGGCCAAUCGCGGGUGGGGGCUGCUGACCUCGGCUGCAGGGGGGCUGGCGGAUCCUAAAGCUGGGCCCAAGAGAAAAGGAUGUACCCGGGCAUUUUUCUCCUCCAUCUUUCCUGCCUCCUGCGGCUUCUUUGUAGGAUUGCUUGCCUGGUGCAAAAUCUUUCAAGGGCCCCGGUGAAUGGACCUUCCUGCAAGCCGCAGAAAGACACUGUGGGUAGGUGUGGGUGUCAGUGCGCUCGUGCAAGACUCAGCCCCGUUCUUCGGGCACUGGUGGUCUCCCCCGGUGCCAGGACCCUCCGGCGGCCAUGCUUGCAGGGUUGUACAAAGGGAAGAGCUAUGUAAUAUGGAGGCUUUGCCUGAACUGGCUGGUGAGAAUCCUUGCCUGGAGCGUGGGGGCCCCAGCGGAGCCUUCGUGGCCGCGACCUGGGGGGGGGAGGCCUUUCUUCUGGUGACUGAAUGGCGUUGCAGGAUCUCUUUUGCAGGGGGCGGGAGCAAAAUCCCAAGAGGCGCUCUCCUUCCCCCCAAGAGUUUGAAUUGCUGGACGGCAAGGGAAAGUGUUGGACAAUCGCUCCCGUCACAGAAGGUAGAAGAGUGGGCUAUGUCGUCUGCACAGCUGGACAAAGCCAACCGAGAGCCUGCUCGUGUGGGUCCCCAGCCGGCUGAGGGUGGCAGUCGACGACUUCUUCCUCCUCUCUUUCCAGAUGUAGGUCCCUCGAAAGCCUCUGCCGGCAGGCUGGAGUCAGGCCUUCUGCCCCUAUGCCCCAGGUCCCCGGCUUCCUUUGGGGAGAGCAGGAUCUACUCCUCCAGGAACGUCCUUCAAGUGCUGCGCUUCCUGGGCCAACUAUUCCAGCUGCUGUGGGGGCCCAGGAGGGUCCAAAUUAGGUAUGCCCAACUACCCUGUGGAACUCUGCAUGUUGCGCACUGAGAAGUGGGUCAUGUUUUCCAGGAGGUACAGCCAUAUCCCCAAGGUUGACCAGACUUGCCAGGACCUCUUUCUCUGGCCUGUUCCUCUCACCAUUUAUGACCCUGUUGUGCUCCUCACCUGCCAGCUUUUUCAGUUUGGACUAGCCUGCUCUCCCUCCUGCACGCAGCAAAUGAUGUGUUUUCACCUCCUCCCUUUUGUCCCUGGGAGGUGAACUUGGUCUCCAAUACAUCCCUGGAGGAGUCUGGCAUCCUGGAGAGUAGGGCAAUGAUGGAGCAGAUAAGGGAGAGGACCACCAAAAUGGAUUUUCCCUUGUGAAGCACUGAGAUGCUGCGAGAGCCUUGUUCCCUCGGCUUGAGGUGCACAGCAAUGGCCAGGUCAAUUUCUCCUCUUCCUGUCUCCUGUUUGAAAUGCAGCUGUCUGACCUUUCUGGGCAACUUUGUGCACUGGAAGAGCAAAAUGGGACUAAGCGCCAGAAGGAGCUGUUCGUUUACUCCAUGUUGGCCUCCGCCUGGCUCUUUAACAUGUGGCUCUGGCUCAGGAGAGGACUUGCCCACAACAGCCACAAAAGGAAGAUGAUGCAUGUAGCUGUAAGACUUGCGACCAGCCGUUGGGAGAGGGGCACUGAGUGCUCCUGGUCUCUCGUGGCCAGAAGGGUAGGAAGGGAGAGGAAAGGCUGCCCUUCCAGCCUUUGGUUUCUUUUUUUCUUAACGUUCCUGUUGUAAGCCAUUGCCAGGUUUUAUCUUUAUUACUAUUGUUAUUCCCUGUAAGGCCCCUCUUGGGUUGUAGAGGGAGAAAAUGUCUUCUCUCCUACUUUUCAUAGUCUUUCCUAGGGGGUGGGGGGUGGGGUAGUGGAGGAGAUGGCAUUGGGUUGCCCUCUUUUCCACUCUUCUCCAUUCAGAGAUGAUAGCAGGGAGGUGCUGUGCACUUAAGAGCAUGAUAACAUUGGAAUUCUGGUUUUUAGAUGGCUCUGCUGGCCUUUUUUCACAUUCUCCCCAUUGUUGGUUCUUGUGGAGCUAGUAGAAAGUAGUGAAGAUCAUCUUGACGGAGAUAUGCAGACUGCAUUACCGAGGCUGGGAAUUCCAUAGCAGACUGAAAAUACAUGGAAGGGGCUCAGACAGAAAUCUCCCUGAGCUACAGGAACAUAAGAAGGCCGAGGAAGACUGUGCUUAUAGCCACUCUCCAUAAAAAAUAGUUUUCGUCUUCCUGUGGAGCUGAUUUCUGGAUCUACUCUACCUGGUGGGGCUGCAGCAUGGUUUCAGUGUUUAAUUUGUAUAUAAUUUUGGAACUUUUUGUUCAUGAUAGCUGCAGCAAGAUUAUUGUAUGCGCAAAAAUGGAAAGAUUCAGCACUGUCCAUCACAGAAGAAUGGCUGGUGAAGAUAACAGAAUUUGCUGCGAUGACUAAAUUGACUUUUUUGAUCAGAGAAAAAACAAUAUCUAUGUUUUUACUGACUGGAAACCUGGAUGAUUAAAUCGGAUAUAUUAUAGAAAGAAGAUAUGUUGUAACCAUAGAAUAAAAUUUCUAAUUGUUCUUAUAACUGCUGUAAAAGAAGAUUAUAAACUACUUCUUUGUGUCUUUUUUUCUUUUUCUGUUUUACUGUUGCACUUCUAUGGCAUUGAUAGCAAUCAUGGAAGGGCCAAUGAUCUGGCCUGGCUCUGUUAGCAACUUUUGGCUGCUUCCAGCAUUGCGUAACUCUUCUCUGGUUGCCACCAGCCUCCUCUGCAGUCAUUUUGUUUGUGCUGCUAGACAUUUGUGAUAGCAGAAGAGCAAUCAUACCAACCUCACUAGGAGGGCUGAAGGCCUGGGUCUUGUAACACAAUUUCCUGCCCAACCCACAGAUGGGGCUCCCUCCUGUGGAAAGCUCUACAGGGUGCUGUAGCAGCAUGGAUGGGACUUGCAUGUCAAGGCGGGACAAGAAGAUCGGCCCAAGAUCCCUGGAGCAGGGCUUGCACUAGUUUUGCCAGCUCUGUCAGCUCUCUCCACUUCCAGCCAGUUGUUACGGGGAGUGGCUGGGAGGUGGUCUUCCCACUGCUGCACCUUAGCUUCCCACCCAGCAAGCGAUUAAAGUGAUGUCCUUUCCAGCCUUGCUUCCAAGACAGAGCAGAGACCUGCUUUGCAAGCUGAACAAAUCGUGGAGUGUAAUUUUGUGCCAUCCCACAGGGGGAGAAAGGAACGGUAAACCAGAAUAUCUGAAUGUGCCUGGUUGUUGCUUGUUGCAUUCUUCCUGGAGAAACCUUGUGGUUGUUGUCCCGCCCUUUCCUCUGCCACUCACUUCCUACCACCCCCUUCUCCAGGGAAAGAAUUGUUGUGUCUUUGCUAAGUGUGUUUUGCAUUCUAGGUGCACUAAGGAGUAUAUGUCAGAGGAUGUUGGUUGAUGGUGUGCCAGCUGCUGCCUCGGGAGCCUUGCCUGCUGCCAUUUUUCUUUCAGAUCUUCCGAUUUUCAAGCUGGAAAGUCACAUUCCUCCCAAAAUUUCCCUUCCUAGGACUCCCAAGUCACAUUUCUAAUUUGGAAGAAGAAUGGUUUUGCAAAGCAGUGGCCUUAUUUGAUUGCUGCAUGAGUGGGUCACCGAGCACCGUCCCAGCCUACAAGGACCUCCUCGUUCUUUGGAACACCUGGCAACCCUUUGAAGCAGCAAGUCAGCUGCCCAACUGAGGCCCAGAGAGAGGGUGCUCAGCAUAGACUGCAGGAUCACUUGGAAGCAGCAGCUGCUGCUCCUCCAGGCCUGCCCAUCUCCAAUGCAGUGACCUGCUUCUGACACGGCCGCACCUGACUA